AUGGUCGAAACGGACAGAGACUCGCUGCCCAAGCCCUCCCUCGGUGCCUGGCCCAGCUCGGUGGUACCUGCCAACAGCAGCGUGACACUGCGAUGCCGGGCUCCUGCCAGGGAUGUGAUCUUUGCUCUCAGAAAGGGAGGAACUAUUUUGGAUUCCCCACAGUCACCUGACUCUACAGAGGGCCUGGCUGAAUUUCACCUCACUGAUCUCAAAAGCGGAAAUGCCGGAGAGUACACCUGCGAAUACUACAGAAAGGCGUCCCCCGACAUAAGUUCACAGCGCAGUGAUGUCCUUCUCCUGUUGGUUACAGGACAUUUACCUAAACCUUCUCUCAAAACCCACCAAAAUCAUAAAUUAUCUGCAAGAGGAAACUUGACUCUUCAGUGCCAGAAGCCAGACACUACUAUUGAGCCUACAACGUUCGCUCUACUGAAGGCAGGAACUUCCACCCCCAUACAGCUGCGGAGUCCGGAACAGAACCGGGUCGAGUUCUCCCUGCAGGACGUGACAGUCGGUGACACUGGGAGCUACAGCUGUGUGUACUACCAGACGAGGGCUCCUUUCUUGGCCUCACAGCCCAGCAAUCAUCUUGAAAUCUGGUUUUGA